AUGCCUCAGCACCCGGCCAACACCGACUGCUCGUGCGUGCUGCUGUUCCGCGUCAACAAUGCCGGCAUGGUCAUCGGAAAUCGCCUGCUGGAGAUUCCAGACAAGCUGAUCGAUGAAGACACUUGCAAGGCGUUCCUGCCGGACAUGAUCGCCUCAAGAGGGGGUCACGUGGUGAACAUCGCCAGCCUGGCCGGUAUGCAGGGCAUGAGCCGCCUCACCGACUACUGCGCCUCCAAGUUCGCCGCCGUCGGCUUCCACGAGUCGCUCACCGUUGAGCUGAAGGUGGGAGGCCACGACGAUGUGCAUACCACUGUCAUCUGCCCGUUCUUCAUCAACACGGGAAUGUUUGAUGGCGCCAAGUCAACUGUGAUCCCGUUCCUGGAGCCGGAGUAUGUGGCGGAUCAGAUCGAGACCGCCAUCUUGCUGAACAAGGAGCACGUCAUCAUCCCGGGCUACCUGACGCCGCUGUUCUUCUUCAAGCUGCUCUUGCCCAGUAACGCCUACUGGUGGCUCGGCCGCAGCUUUAGAGUUGAGCGCAGCAUGGACGCCUUUACCGGUCGCCAGAAGACAGCUUAGUGCGGUCCACAGGUACUGGGCUACAACACCCUGUUCGAGAUCGCUUACGCCCUGAAGCUGACGGACGUCAUGGAGGGCUUCCAGGGGCGCAAGUGGUCCCCACCGGUCCCGCUCAUGAA